AUGCCGUCCACUCUGCCCGAAGCUGAAUCACCUUACCGCAAUUUCGUUCGGGGUUCAAACGAGUAUCAUAAUGGCAAAGAGCCUCCUUACACACCAAUCACUAUGGUUGAUCGUAAUGGAUCUGUUCUGUGCGAAACAGAUCAAUUUGACCUUCUUGGUGCAAUCAUCUAUCGGGAUGAUGUGACGACUCUUGAGCAGCAUCUCGAUAUUGCGCUAUGGGUUAUCGAGGAAAUAGAGGAGCUUCCUCUAUAUUACUCCUUCUUCUACAUAGCUGUAUCACACGGAAGUCUUGGUGCACUUAGAACCCUCCUUUCCUACUACGUAAGAGUUAUUGAACCAAACCAAAUAAUUACCUUUCGAAAACGCGGCUUCAGCCUGCUUAACGAAGCUGCUAGGCGGGCCUAUCUGGAGAUAGUAGAAUUUUUACUCGAUAACCAGCCACCAUACGUUGAUAUCCAUGAGCGAGAUUAUACCGGCUGCACUGCUAUUGCUGCUGCCUCAGAUUUAUAUUCAACGAGAUACACCGAGGCAUUCAACUGGCAGCCUUCUGUUGCCAAGAGCGAAGCUGUGAUGAAUCUGUUACUAGAUUAG